AUGGACUCGGACAGUAGUGACCUCAACCGCCAUAGUACCAGUGCAUCAACCCUUUUUUCAUUUCCUCUGCAGCCUACUGUUCACAAAGGACUCCCUCUCAACCCCUCUAUCCACGCACAUCAGCAGCAACAUCAACAUUUAAACAAUUUACAAGAAAUGCUUGAGACAUCCACAGCGUUGGACCACUCUCAUCACAUCCAAUUUGAUAGUCGAACCUCAAUGUAUUAUCCUGUACAAUCUUCUUCGGCAUACGAAGAGGGGUCUCCAGAGAGCAUUCGGAAGACCUCACCGGUAAAUUUUCUUCGUCAUUUUCCACCAUCCAAGCGAUUAAUUGACCUUGAAACCGGAGCUCUGCAUGCUAUCGAUGCUACAAGCGGUUUUGACAGCGUCAAGGGCGAGUACUACAGUAAUGCAGAGGAAUAUGAUCUAACUUCCAGGACACAAUUUCUACGGAAUCCAUCUUCAGAUUAUUACUCAAUGGAGACAGCAUUCUCAGUAUCUUCAUCUCAUCCACCUCAAAUGACCACCAUGACGUUCUCAAAGGAGGAUGAGCCACAGGGUGAACUUUCAGGAGAUAGUGGCAGAGGUUAUAACUACACCACACCCCAUCCCAACGCCCAAUUGGGACAGCCGCAGCCAAUGGUACCCCAAAUGCGCCCUGAAGCUGGAUACACUCAUUUGGAAGAAAGCUUCGGGAAAGUGCCCCCUCUACCGCAUACGGCAAUUUCAUCUCAGCAUCCGCCUUCAACCACGCCUACCACAAAUAAUGUGAAUGGCAAUGGUAGUAAAACCGUAGUGACCAGACUUCAGGGUAGCAACGCUGGAACGGCAGCGGUAAUCUACCCGUGGAUGAAGCGAGUGCACUCCAAAGGUGCGUCCUUUUAA